AAGACCAAGAUAACUCUAUUGGCAUAUUGGCAAACAGUUUAACACAACAUGUAUAAGGUUGAGUAAGUGUUGAAAGUUUAACCUUAACUGUUAUUUUAUAAAUAGAGCUAUGAAAGGAAGUCAUGGGUUAGCAGGAUAGAAUCGUAUAAAAAGGAUGGAAAGAUCGCUUCUCAGAUGAAGUCGUUUUAACCGCUAUAACUUUUAAUCACAUCUAAAAAGGUAGUUUAUUGAACAAUCGCUCGCUAUGGUUUCUUUCAACACUUUUGCUUACGCUGCCUUCGCAGCUGUUGCUUCUGCUCAAUGGACCAACAGUUCUUCUUCAGAAUUGCCAUCCUCUAGUGAGAGUUUCAUAAUCUCCUCCUCUUCCUCCAGUGCUGCUGAAAGUACUCCAUACAUCACUGGUUACAUUGGUGAGGAGGGAUCUCCAGUCUUUGAGAUUGUCGUUCCAGGCUCUCUUGGACCAUGGACUGGUGUCGAAGUUUCAGGAUCAAAUGAUGAUACUGCUUACGUCUUUGACUCUGUUGACAUCGCCAUCUCUGAUGAAACUGUCAGCGCCGGUACCACUACUGACGACACUUUCGCAGGUGCUUACUUCAACGCUAUUCUCAAUGAAGAUGACUUGAUCUUCCUUAUUUAUGCCACUGCUACUGGUGGUAACCCAUACAGCAUUUCUGCCACUCUUUCUGUCUCCACAGCAGACCAGAAGCUGGUAAAGAGAGCUGUUACCACUUAUGAUUUGAGUUUCACUAUUGAAGAUGAUGCUUCAAGCAUUUCAAGUGCUCCAGUCACCUCUACCACUACAGAGGAGGAUAUUUCCACAACUGUUGUCACUAUCACUUCUUGUUCGGAUGAUAAGUGCACUGAGACCCCUGUUACCACUGGUGUCACUGUUAUCACAAAGACAGAAGGCGGAGUUCCAACUGAAUACACCACAUACUGUCCAUUAUCUGCUAUUUUAAAUUUCAGUGCUGAAAUUAUUUCUUUGCGAGCUUCUCUGUGCCUAAAUUGACACUGUGUUUCAUUAGCUCAUUUUAUUCUUCGCUAUCUUGUCUGAAAGACAUUUUACUUCUAAACCAAUCACCACUUUAUUUGGAUUCUUAUCUGUGCUAGUUAAACCUCAAUUCUGAGACCUUAUGGGUGAAUCAACCUUUGAUCCAAGAGCAUCUCUUAUGAGCGGAAUCAAUGCGCCCUGACUGCCAUUAAUUUCUUCGUCAUGUAUGUUGUAUCAUGAUAUUAUAUAUACAUAUUUCCAACUAUUUUACUUCUAGGUUGGAUAUUUCAUAGUCAUUUCUCCAAACAAGUUUAACUUUUGUAGGAUUGAGGCGUGAAGGAGUUUCUAGUUUAAAAGGAAUCAACAUUAGUAUUCAA